AGCGGGUCCGAGGCGCGAGGUCGGAGGUCGUGGGGCGGGGCCAGCGUCGGUAGCCGCCGCCUGUGCUUCAGCCGUUGUCCCUCAGCCGGCAGCCGCCCGCCUUUCCCAUCCGGUGCUUGCGCGUAGCCGGGCUUCGAGCCCACGGGCGCAGGCCGGGACGCCAAGGAUGGCCCUGGGCGAGGAGCCGGCCGCGAGCGCGCCGGAGGACGGGGCGGAGGAGGAGGCGCUGGCCCACGGCGGCGCCCUGGAGGCGUUCGGCGAGAGCGCGGAGACCCGCGCGCUGCUCGGCCGCCUGCGGGCGGUGCUCGGCGACCGGGCGGCCCAGGAGGGCGCCCUGGAGCGGUUCCGAGUAAUCAUGGACAAAUACCAGGAGCAGCCUCAUCUCUUGGACCCACACCUCGAAUGGAUGAUGAACUUGUUGUUGGAUUUAGUGCAAGAUAAGACAUCUCCAGCUGACCUUGUACAUCUGGCUUUUAAAUUUCUUUACAUCAUCACCAAGGUUCGAGGAUAUAAAACAUUUCUUCGUUUAUUUCCUCAUGAAGUAGCCGACGUACAGCCUGUGUUAGAUAUGUUUACCAAUCAGAAUCCUAGAGAUCAUGAAACUUGGGAGACCCGCUACAUGCUUUUACUGUGGCUCUCCGUGACCUGCCUGAUCCCUUUUGAUUUUUCACGUCUUGACGGGAACCUCCUGACUCAACCUGGGCAAAUACGAAUGUCCAUAACGGACCGUAUUCUCCAGAUAGCAAAGACCUACUUGGUUGUCAGUGACAAGGCCCGAGAUGCAGCUGCGGUCCUUGUGUCCAAGUUUGUCACACGGCCCGAUGUCAAGCAGGAGAAGAUGGCAGGUUUCUUGGACUGGAGCCUGCACACCUUGGCCCGCUCCUCCUUCCAGACCAUCGAGGGCGUCAUUGCCAUGGAUGGCACACUCCAGGCCCUGGCACAAAUAUUUAAGCAUGGAAAACGUGAAGACUGUUUACCCUAUGCCGCCACCGUUCUCGAGUGCCUGGAGGGCUGCCGGCUGCCCGACAGCAACCAGACCCUGCUCCGGAAACUUGGGGUGAAGCUUGUGCAGCGGCUGGGACUGACAUUCCUGAAGCCCAGGGUGGCGACGUGGAGGUACCAGCGGGGCUGCCGCUCGUUGGCCGCUAACUUGCAGCUCUGUGCCCAGAGUCAGAGAGAGGCGAAGACGCAGGUGGAGACCCCCGACAGCGACGGAGACUAUGACAUCCCUGAGGAGGUGGAGAGCGUGAUAGAGCAGCUGCUGGUCGGGCUGAAGGACCAGGACACGAUCGUGCGGUGGUCUGCGGCCAAAGGAAUCGGCAGGAUGGCUGCAAGGCUUCCCAAAGAGCCGGCGGAUGAUGUGGUUGGGUCCGUGUUGGAUUGUUUCAGUUUUCAGGAGACGGACAACGCCUGGCAUGGUGGCUGUCUGGCGUUGGCGGAACUGGGCAGAAGAGGCCUGUUGCUCCCUUCUCGACUCCAGGACGUUGUCCCUGUGAUCCUGAAGGCGCUGACCUAUGAGGAGAAGCGGGGUUCCUGCAGCGUGGGCACCAAUGUUAGAGACGCCGCCUGCUACGUGUGCUGGGCCUUUGCACGUGCCUAUGAGCCCCAGGAGCUGCAGCCCUUCGUGGCUGCCAUUUCCAGUGCCCUGGUGGUCGCCGCGGUGUUUGACCGGAACAUAAACUGCAGGAGAGCGGCGUCCGCUGCUUUCCAGGAGAAUGUGGGGAGACAGGGCACUUUCCCUCACGGAAUCGACAUUUUGACUGCAGCAGACUACUUUGCUGUCGGCAACAGAGCUAACUGUUUCCUGGUUAUAAGCAUGUUUGUUGCCGGCUUUCCGGAGUACACGCAGCCCAUGAUAGACCACCUGGUGACCAGGAAGAUCAGCCACUGGGACGGGGUCAUCAGAGAGCUGUCUGCGAAGGCUCUGCACAACCUGGCCCAGCGAGCUCCUGAGUACAGCGCCACUCACGUGCUUCCACGUCUGCUGUCCAUGACGCAGAGUCUGGACUUGCACACGCGGCAUGGAGCCGUGCUGGCCUGUGCGGAGGUUGCCCAUGGCCUGUACCGACUCGCGGUUCAAGAGGGCAGGCCCGUCGCCAGCUACCUGGAUGCAGCUGCCGUGCAGGGCCUGAAGCAGAUUCACCAGCAGCUCUACGAUCGUCAGUUAUAUAGGGGUCUAGGAGGAGAACUCAUGAGACACGCAGUGUGCGUUUUAAUAGAAAACUUGUCCCUUUCCAAGAUGCCUUUUAGAGGUGACACCGUAAUUGACGGGUGGCAGUGGCUGAUAAAUGACACGCUGAAGAGUCUCCAUCUGAUUUCAAGUCAUUCUAGACAACAGAUCAAGGAAGCGGCUGUCUUGGCCCUGGCUGCUCUCUGCAACGAAUACUAUGCCCUGGAGACCGGGGAGGCGGACCCCGCCAGACAGGAGGAGCUGAUCCGGCAGUACCUCGCGGACCUGCGGAGCCCAGAGGAGAUGGCUCGCUGCGGCUUCUCGCUGGCCCUGGGCGCCCUCCCGCACUUCCUCCUGAGAGGCCGGCUGCAGCAGGUGCUGGCGGGCCUGGGAGCCGUGACGGCCAUUUGCCCUGAGGACGUGAGCUUUGCCGAGUCCAGGCGGGAUGCUUUGAAGGCGAUCUCAAGGGUUUGCCAGACGGUUGGCGUGAGAACAGGAGGAGCCCCAGACGAGGUUGUGUGUGAAGAGAACGUCUCCCAGAUUUACCGCACGCUGCUGGGCUGUCUGCACGACUACACCACCGACAGCCGUGGGGACGUGGGCGCGUGGGUCCGCGAGGCCGCCAUGACCGGUCUGAUGGACCUGACGCUCCUGCUGGGGCGGGAGCAGCCAGAGCUGAUCGAGGCCAGUGUCUGUGAGCAGGUCAUGUGCCGCGUGGCCCAGCAGGCGAGCGAGAAGAUCGACCGCGUCCGCGCACACGCCGCACGCGUGUUCAUGACGCUGCUACACUCGGACGGGCCCCCCGUCCCUCACGUGCCCCACCGAGGGGAGCUAGAAAAGCUCUUCCCAAGAUCCGACGUGGCCUCCGUGAACUGGAACGCACCAUCACAGGCCUUCCCUCGCAUCACGCGGCUCCUGGGGCUGCCGGCCUACCGCUACCAUGUCCUGCUGGGGCUCGCCGUGUCUGUGGGUGGCUUGACCGAGUCCACGGUCCGGUACUCGACGCAGAGCCUCUUUGAGUACAUGAAGGGGAUUCAGAAUGACCCACAGGCCCUGGAGGGCUUCGGGAGGACCCUCCUGCAGGUCUUUGAGGACAACCUUCUGAAUGACAGGGUGUCUGUGCCGCUGCUGAAGACGCUGGACCAGAUGCUGGCCAACGGGUGCUUCGAGCUCUUCACCGCGCAGCAGGACCACCCCUUCGGUGUGAAGCUGCUCGCGCUUUGUAAGGAGGAGGUCAGGAAGUCCAAGGACGUGCAGAAACUGCGGUCGAGCGUCGCCGUGUUCUGUGGGAUGGUGCAGUUCCCGGGCGGUGUGAGGAAGAAGGCCCUCCUGCAGCUCUGCCUGCUUCUCUGCCACCCGUUCCCUGUGAUCCGGAAGACCACGGCUAGCCAGGUGUACGAGAUGCUGCUCACCUACAGUGACAUCGUGGCUGAGGAUGUCCUUGAUGAGGUCAUGACUGUGCUGGGCACCACGGCCUGGGACGCGGAGCUCCCACUCGUUAGAGGCCAGCGGAACCGCCUGUGUGACCUCCUCGGCGUGCCCAGACCUCAACUGGUCCCCAAGGUGAGACCCAGGGGCCCUUCCCAUGUUGAGAUCUGAGUGUGGCUCCUGAGCCUCCGUCCUGAGCUCGACUCUGGACCGGUCAGAUUUAUGGACUGGCGUGUUUCCCCCCCGCCUGCCCCUCGUGCUUUGCUGGCUCCUCGUUGCAGGCUCCUGCGUGCCUUGUCCCCACUAGGCGCGUAUCAGGACCGGCCAUCUGCCUGGUGGGUGGCCGUUCUGUGCUGCCAGUCCUCAAGCUCACGCCUCUCGCACGAGGUCCUUGGUGCCGCUGUCUGGUUUCCACCAUCACUGCCUCCCUGGACACUUGUCCUCUCUGGGGACUCUGUCACCCCUGGAGUAUCUGGGGCUGCCCCUUGAGGUGUCCAUCUUCCAUGGCAUCAGCGGCUGUGGAUUUCGGAGAUGGCAGGGCCCCAAGCUGACCGUCCGGGUCCUGCGGGGUUGUCAGGCGUGUUCGCGAGGGAGUGGGGUGGACCCGGGCUGUGGGUCCCACAGGCGCUCACACAGCGGCACGUGCUGGGACGGCCAGACCCGGAGCUGGUUCCUGGUCCUGCCUUGCUGGCCGUAUCCCCCUGGCCGUGCGUCUCGUCUGCGACUGCUUUCGAGCUUUCCCUGAGUGAGAACGUCCAUCCAGACAUGAGCGCGGUCCAGCUCUGGGGGUGGGGGGUCCGUGUUCGUCCGGCAGGGGCGCGGGCACUGCUGCAGCCUCCAGAGCUUCGUCAUGGCCCGGCCCGGGGCGCCCUGCACUGUCCCCCUCCGGGCACGGGGGUUGGGUGCACUUGGACAGAGGACCCCCGGCUGUGAGCCUGGCGUCCUGCUGGCAGGAGGCGGGGCCAACUGCGGUUGUCCGGGCAGACCCCAGCUUCAGGACCGGUGAACCGUGGGCUCCUGGAGGGUCCCCCGAGGAGGCACCCCAGACUCUCGCCCCCCCUGCCAGCUCACACCCACGUCCAGCAUCGUGCGCUCCGCUGGGCGCUGGGCCUCGGCUCCGGGCAGAGUCCGCGUCCGUCCAUCUCCACGUCGGGGGCGGGGGCUCCGUUCUCCGAGAGGCGGAGAAGCUGCAGCCGCCCCCGCCCGUCUUCUCGGGGUUGUACGGCGUUGCAGGCAGUGGUCCGGGGUGCCUGUGGGCUUCGGUCUGGGCCACCGUCCUGAUGUCCUGACCGCCACCUAGAGAUGCUCUUUGUAAGAAGGAGCCGCGCCCUCACAUCUGCUCCAUCCCCUGGGAGCACAGCCGCUCGGGAUUUCUUUUGUCGCUGACCCUUUUCCUGUUUUCUUCCGUUUAAGUGGGACACUUACAGGCCGCGACCAGGUCUGGUCUGUCUGGAUCUCACCUGAGUUCCUGGAGCGUUUAACGUGUGCUCCGG